CCUGCCUCAGCCUCCUGAGUAGCUGGGACUACAGACGUGCACCACCACACCCUGCUAAGAUGGGGUUUCACCAUGUUGGCCAAGACGGCCCCACCUCUUGACCUUGUGAUCCACCUGCUUUGGCCUCCCAAAGUGCUGGGAUUACAGGUGUGAACUACCACGCCCAGCUGAAUGUCUUUUAACUAUAUUAACAUGGCUCGAAUGAACUGCCUAGCUCCUGUGGAAGUCACAUACAAGAACAUGAGAUUUCUUACUACACACAAUCCAACUGAUGCAACAUUAAACAAAUUUAUAGAUGAACUUAAGAAGUAUGGAGUUACCACAAUAGUAAGAGUAUGUGAAGUAACUUAUGACACUAAUCUUGUGGAGAAAGAAGGUAUCCAUGUUCUUGAUUGGCCUUUUGAUGAUGGUGCACCACCAUCCAACCAGAUUGUCGAUGACUGGUUAUGUCUUGUAAAAAUUAAGUUUCAUGAAGAACCUGGUUGCUGCAUUGCUGUUCAUUGCAUUGCAGGCCUUGGGAGAGUUCCGGUACUUGUUGCCCUAGCAUUAACUGAAGGCAGAAUGAAAGAUGAAGAUGCAGUACAAUUUAUAAGACAAAAGCAGCAUGGAGCUAUUGACAGCAAGUAACUUUUGUAUUUGGAGAAGUAUCAUCUUAAAAUGUGGCUGCAUUGCAAAGACUCCAGUAGUAACUGGUCAUAGAAACAACCUUUGCAGUCAUACAGAACUAAAAUCCCAGGAACUAUGAACACUCUAGACCUU